UGUAAACGAGGAAAUGUCGAGAUUCUUCGUACGCGUACACGCGCACGGUGAGAAAUCAUUAUAUUAGCAUUUACGCGUGACGUGUUACGUGGAUUGGAAUUUAUAAAUGUAAGAAAAACUGUAAACAUGGAAUAAUCACAUUUAAUCCACGACGGGACUAGCCAGUCGACCAGCCUGCUUAUUCGUGAAUCAGUAGUCCGAGAGUUCACACUUCAUUGUGAACAUGUCAGAGAAAUUUCUUAUUUUCGCGUUAAUAUGUGUAACAAAGUGCGAAUAUUCUUCCCCUUCUUACUCAGUGGAAAACGUGUAUGCUACGCUUGAUCGAGUGACAGAGUACUUUCGAAAUCUCAGCAAUGCAUAUAAGGUGUUGAAUGACGACGUUUGGAAUGAUAUUAACAAUGAUAUCACUAAGUAUAUGGAAAAUACCAGCAGCAAGCGUCAGCGAAGAGACCUUCAGGACGAGACGCAGCCCGAUAAAGGCGUGAAUAUGCUGCAAGGUUUUCAAGAGACUUUGUCUCUCAAUGUGCAAAACGUUGAAGACAUAGCUUUCUUUUCCAUACAAGACGGGGACCAAUCGCUUUGGUUCGCAGCAACGCUCAAUUCCGUCUACUUGGACAUUUAUCAGUUACUUGGCAAUGAAAUAAAACCUGCGUACCAAUAUCUACAAAGGAACGGGAAACGAAUAGUAGUACACAAUUAUAGCACCGAUAUACUUAUAGUCGUUGAGACACGCAGCCACGAUAUCGUCGUUCUACGUUUCGGCAAAAACAGACACGGAGGCUACGAAAUAAGAUUUAAACAGGAGUUCCAGAUUGCCGGAGUGGCGCACAUGAACAUGUGGCUCGGAAUGAACACGCUGUACUUAGGGAUCGCCUCCGAGACGAAAACAUCUAUUUUUGCAUGGCUCGGCGAGCAUUUCGACAAGAUCGACACCCUGUUCUUUGGGGCGCGGAAAUUGUUGUCCUUCCAGAACAAAAGUUUCAUGCACGUAGUCGCUGUGGGAUUCGUCACGAAAAUAUUUCGAUUCUCCGUGCAAGCGAGGAGAUUCGUGGAGAUGCAGAAGUUACAUCACGCCGACGACAUCAGUUCGCUCUACUUGAAGAAGGGUCACUUCGAGGAGCACUUUCUAGUUCUGACCGGUAACAACUUCACGGUUUUGUACAAGGAGAUGUACAACCGCUUCGUGCCCUUUCAAAGAAUUGCCCCGACAAAGUUCGUCCACUCCUUAAUUAUGGGAAAUACUGUCGUUCUUUUCUGCGUGAGGGAAGACACCGCGGAAAUUUAUCAGUACAACGGCUGGCGAUUUCUAAGAUUACGCACGAAAUUGUUGAACGUUCGUCGGAUUCGUCAGAUCCGAUCAGGUAGCGAGGACACGCUGGUCGUGCAGGAUCAGGAGGAGAACUGGAAGUUCCUGAGACCUACGUGGGCUCCGAAGAAAACCUGGCAAUCCCUGCAGAGCGAGGUGAACGUUUGGUGCAACAAAGUCAGGCGAAAAAUAUUUCAAAGAACGCCGGACAAAAUUCCAGAUCUAAAGAAUCCUGUGAUCCCAAGUGGACACAUCGGUCUCCUCCGAGUUCAGACUCUAAACGGAUACAGUUCAAAUGAAUUGGUUCACCUGACGCAGCGAUACAAGAACAUAAUCGCGAAAUUAAAUUUGACGAAUACCAUCUUGGCGCAAGGAAUCGGGAGCGUGGAUAGAUCGAAAUACACGGUUUUGCACGGCAAAAAGAUUGCGGUCAGGUGCAAUACGAGUUGCCACGUCCGUUAUUUAAAGACGGACAGCGGAAUUAUGCCUGCCGCUGUACACAAGAAAUCGGAGCCGAUUGAUACUGUGCGGUUUAGCCAUUUGAAAGUAAAAUCGAUAAAUAACUGGAAAUGUCCUGUCCCUAAUCUGAAAAUCGAUGACGUGCUUGUUAACGGAUCUAUUAACGGGAUGUCGAUGCAAGAUCUGCAAGAAAAACCACUGAAACUUUCGGGCGAUCAAGAAAUCUCAGGUAAACACACUUUCAUUAAUUUACACGCGACGAACGCCUCAAUGCCGUUGAAUAUCGCGACGAGCAGCACCAGACAAAUAGUGCGAAUGCGAGGGGCGAGAGUGAAAGAAUUGCAUUUAACGGAAGACGAAUUCUUUUUGCCAUUAAACGGCUCCACGACCGUGAUGAAUGGCUCGAUAACCGCUCCGAGAGUAACAGUUAAAGGAACCGUACACGUGAGAUCUGGAAUAAGAGGCAGAGGACGUGACAAAAUAGCGCCCAUCAAAGAGAUCUCUACGCCACUGAUACUGUCGAACGACAGUUUCUUGCAAAACGUUACGUUCAGGAAUCUCGUCCAAGUUAAGGAUAUUGUCAGUACUCGCGGAUUAUCGUUGAAAAAGGUCCUGGACAAUGGCGUGCCGCUAAAUUCCGAUGUGCCGGUACAUCUGAUACUAUCCAGCAAUAAAACGCAAUGGAACAACGUAACUUUAGGGUCUUGCGGGAACUACGUAACGAAGAAUUCUGCCGACGCUGUCGUCAUUUCUGGUGUCAAAUUUGCGAACAAUAUCACUCUGACAGACGCUGCCUACGCAAACGUUCCUAUUCCGAAAUUGACUAUUCCUUUAUGUGCUAUGGGAGUAGUGACUCUGGAGAUUCGAACUUCUUCGAUAACGAUGGGCGAUUUAAUUGUAAAAAACUUGAAUGUCUCGCGUAUCUUCGGAGCUAAUAGCUUGAACAAUACCGUCUUUGAUUCGGUGUCAAGUUUGCAAAACGUCGAUUUUUCAGAAAAGAUAUUCGCCGGCCAGGUUUUCGUAAGAAACGCUUCGGCGUCGAAAAUUAAGGGAACAGAUAUUAGAGGUUUAAAUACUCGAAUGAGCAGAUGGAUAGAUGCAAAUCGUUUCAAAGGAUCGGUAAAUAUCACGAGGCUUGUCGUGAACGAUCUUAAAACACCUGCCUCCUUCAAUUUUCCUUUACCUGUGGAAGUGAGAGACGUAAUUAUGGAAGCGGAUAGCAAAAUUGGAAGAAUUAACAAUUUGGAUAUGCAAUCCUUCAUGGAAAACGUAAUAAAAGUGGACGACAUAAUAUCUUUAGAACACGUAACGUUCGCGCAUGGUUUUACAUCGGAUCAUGUACACGCUUCGCAUUCGACUUUAAAUCUUUCGCACUUGGACGCGCAUUCUAACUUGCAGUCAAAACGUAUUUCUACCACUUUGGAAACAAAUGCGAUAAACAUACCACAGAGUUUCGGUUAUCCCGCGAGUAAUAUACCAUCGACGUUUGUUAUACAAGGAUCAGCCAAUUUUUUGACGGAACCAUCUGUGCAAAAUGUAAACAAUGUGAAUCUGAAACAAUUAUCUGAGAACUUAUGGAUGCUAAAUCGGGACACGGUUGUAUCUGGCGUUAAUACGAAUCUCAAGAAUGUGACUUUAGAGGCAGAUACUAUAAUAGAUUCAAGUUUCAUAAAUUCCCUCGAUACAAAAAUGUGGUCAGAACUGUCAAAAAGAUUAUUAAGCAAAACGAAGGAACAAGAUAUUGCGGUAGUUUCAUCAUUUAAAAAUGUUGAAAUGCCUGCUAUCGUUGCAGCGAGUAAUUCACGUCUUCGAUCGACAGACUCUAAUUUGAAGAAUGUACUGACUAAUUCCUUGAUGAGAAACGAGCCACAAAUUGUGAAUGCUAUAUGGCGAUUCCACGAGUUGAAUAUAAAUGACAUGCAUUGGAAUGGCGAGCUAAAUAACAUCAACUUAAAUACCGACGUUGUUCGACAUGACGCGAAACAAAAUAUCGUUACUGGGGAGAAGAAAAUUUUGGACUUGACGACGAAGGAUCUUUGGAUGUUUAACAUGAAUUUUUCAAGCUUAGUUAAUGAUGCUGUAACGAAAAACUGUCACAAGUUGUCCGUAAUUAAAGGUCGAAAAACCUUCAAUAACAUUACCUUGAAUAACUUGAGUGUCAAAGACACAAUUAUGGGUCGCAGCGUUGAAACGGCGUUACUGAAGUUCGGAAAUCAGAAGAUAUCCGGAAUAAAAACGAUACAAGGCCGGCUUAGCGCACCGUCUCUUAUUACCGACAGCGUUGUGAAUGACGUGAAUCUGACGGAGUUAAUGAUCCACCAAGUAAGAAAGCAUGACACGGAGCAGGUGAUAGAGAGCAAGCUCGAUUUCAGAGACGAUCUUGAAAUUUUCGGAAACAUCACGAUCGGCAGAUACCACAAGAGGACAGGUUUAAAAAACGUUAACGAUGAAAAUGAAUUAAACGCUACCUUAAGUGAAGCGACGAAAGUUAUGAACGUCGCGGAAGACGUGGCGACUGCGCUGCAAAAUCGUGCGGUUUACGCGAGCAAAUUUGAAACGGUAAAUGAGAACGUAUUGGAAGUCGUUCCUGACGUGUCCGACACCGAGAACCUUAUGGAUCUUAACAGCACUUGUCUCUGCGAGUCGCUGAAUAUUUCCGCGCUUUGCAACGAAAUUGAUAUGGAAUUACUGAACAUCAUCAUCAAUGGGAAUUCCAGCGAAUUUAUAAUGAAAAAACUGGCAUCGCUGGAUGGUGUUGCGUUCAUAGUAACAGCGUCGUCUGACUUCGUCUCCAUUUAUUCGUACGUUAUCGCCGAGGAGCGGCUUUACAAAACAGAAUUAUACGUGCCCGGUGUGCUUCAAGCGUCCGCGGAGCCAAUCGAUCAUUCGCUGUGGAUUGUCCUGCGAUUGCCCGAGCAAACCUUGAUACUAAAUUAUCAAACGUGGGGCGAGUACGAACAAUACGUUCUGCCCGGUUCGGACAGGUUUGUAAUCGGUAGGACGCCGAAUAGUCAACACCUGCUGAUACGAUCCGACGGGAUUUGGAGUCUCGGGGGAAUCAGUCAUCCUAAACACAUUUUUAAGAUGCCUUUAGAGGGGCAAAUACGAACUUUCGCUCGCGGUGCCGAUUAUUACGUCAAAGCGACAACGAAAAAUAGUACGGUUGUUUUAAAAGCACGAUACAUGGGCAAUUAAGUAUGCGCAGAAUUCAGUAAAUUCAAAUUUCAAAUCCGUCCAGAGAGUACGGAUAUAUAUGUAUAUAUUUUCUAUAUAUAAUACCUAUAAAUGUUCUCUUUUAAAUUUAUAUAUUUAUUAUAUUGUUA